UACGCGUCGUGCUACUGCGAGGAGAACGUCUACCGCCUCGUCGACGCGCUGCGCCACGGGCCGCACCCCGCGUAUGCCGUCUUCAUCAGCAGCCGGUCGAAGUUUUGCCCCGUCUGGUGCCAGCGGUCCGCGCGCGCCGCCGACGAGCCCGUGCUGUGGGACUACCACGUCGUCGCCGCCGUCUUCCUGCCGAGCGGCGCGUACGUCUGCGACUUCGACACGCGCCUCGACGCCGUCACGGACGCGCUGGCCUACGUCGACGCGGCCCUCGGGCCCGCGGCGCGGGCGCCCUUCGAGUACCGGCCGCGCGUCCGCGUCGUCGCCGCGGCGACGCUCGUCGACCACUUCGCGAGCGACCGCCGCCACAUGCGCGAUGACGACGGGACGUACCAGGCGCCGCCGCCCGCCUGG